AAAUGAAGUCGGAUGUGUCGAGGACAUGGCAAUUUUAAAAGUCUGCAAAUGAUUCUGUAAAAGCUGAUGUCGGGCUUUUUAAGGCACUUUAAACAUCUGUUUAUGAAGUGUCUGCAGACACUUUGCCUCAAGGACAAACUCGUUGACAAGAGAAAGCGUAACGGUAUGUGAAGUAUGGAAAAAACAACAACACUUGUGCGUGUGUUCGAUUUAAUUUGGAUGCUCGAAAUAGUGCUAAAAAAAAAAGUGGAUCUCAGUUGUAAUUGUUGUGACUCUGGCCUGCAUGUGCUCAUAAAAUCAUUUUUGUUUGCAGAUUGAUCCCCCUGUGUCAAGGUGUACCAUAAAACAGUCUACACCAGUCGAGCUAGUCAGAGGCACAUACAGUACAUCAUCAGUAUUUAUGCCACUGUCACAUCGAUGGAUUUUUUUCACAUUUUUAGAAGGUAGUCGGCGGUGAGGAAACCGCUGACUCGGCACAUUUCGCCUCCAAUUCAAACAUUGUGGAGCUAUACUGUAUACUGUGUCAUUAGUGCAGCUGUGUUAGGAAGAAGCCAUGCAAAAUCCCUAUACGGGGAAAAGAGGGAAAAUAAAAGCUGCCAACAUUACUACUGAACAUAUUCAGUAAUCCCACUCUUCAGUCAUGCUUAACAGCUCCUCUUGCAUCAUUUUCAUCUGUUCUGCAUUAUGGAACUACAGUGAUAAACUGCGUUGGAAAGAUCUGGUGUCUUUUUGGCACGUACAGAUUUUGUAGCAUGUGAAGGAUGAUAAAUAGUAUAGUGAGGAAGUGGAGGUAUACAUUUGUCUGCACUCGCAUGAUGGGGAAGCUUUGAUCAUUCCCACAUAUGUUUACAAUCACAAGACGAGUUCAUGUAACCAAACAUGGGAAUUGACAAUUCAUAGAAACGCUCAGGAUGAAACCCAGAGUCUGAAUUGUACUGUAAGUAUUGUUGGUUCAAGAUUAAUUUGCAAUCUCUGCAAAAGACAAUCAACCCAAGGGUCUUGGAAAUUAAUAAAGAGCGGUACAAUUGACACAAUGAUUAACACAUUUGUCUAAAAUUUGCAAUUCCCUUAAAAAUUCCACACAGGAAGGCCUGUGCCGAGAUUCAAACCCAGAACCUCAGAACUGUGAGGCAGACCGUGUUGUCCAUAUCUAAUACAUGGAAAAAUAUAAUAACAUAACAUAAUAAAAUAUGUUUUUUGGACUCAUAAAUGACACAAAAGAGUCACUUUAAAACGCCCAGUGAGUUGAACGCAAGCUAUACUAAAUUGCAGUAAAUGACUAUAUUCUGGCCCCUGCUGGACAUUUUGGUUUCAGGCAGCAAAUGUAUUUAUUUAAUGUUUGUUCUGUAUAUAUUUAACUGAGGGGGUUAAUAGAUCAAGCAAUCGUUUGGAAACUCGUUUUUUAUUUAAUUUUAAAUGGCUUCUUUGCAGCAGGCGUUGUUAAGGACGUACGGCGUCGUUGCUAUGACAACCAAGGUGUCGCACACAAAACACGGUUGGAGUGAAAACUGUGAUUUGUGUUCGGUUUUACGAACAUUUCCAAUUGUUUGUCAACAGUGUUUUUUUUUGUGCCUUUACUUUGUUUCGUGUGCUUACGUACAGCUGUUCACAAGAGAUGGAGACUGAGAUUGAGAAGGAGAAGGACGCCCCUCUUGUGGCCAUACGACCUGAUGCUUCAUUUUCAGAGGUCACUGCUUGGUCUACUUUUCAGCGCCUGGAUGAGAUGCUGUCACUGGGAAAAAUCAGUAAAACCAAAGUGGACAAGUUGAAAGCAAUCUAUAUUCAACUCAGUGAUGAAGUGAAGAGUGCCCAGGAUUCGGAGGACCAGCUUUUGGAAGAGGCCAAGAGGCUCCGUGCUGAGCUGAGGAGGCUGCAAGCCGACUUGGAGAAAAGCGGAGAGCUGAGCUUCUCCGAGGAGCCCACGAGUGAGGCGGGCAAGCUAAGGCAGCAGCUCCUGCGGGCGUUCAACGAACUGAGAGCAGCCGAGGAUAGAGACUACAUGACACAGCACCAGCUCAAGUGGCUCCAGGAAGAGAAGCGGUGUCUGCUGAAGGAGAACAACAUGCCGCCAAAACUUGAUAUCCCACAGGAACUGGAGAGCACCACAGUGACCCUUCAGGACAAAUGUGAGAAACUGAAAAAAGAAGUGGGCCAGAGACAGAUGGAAGUCAGAGGUCUGAAGGAAGACAUGGAAACAUAUCAAAUGCAAACACUCAAGGGGGAGAAAGAGCUGGAAGACGCAGAGAAAAUUCUACAACUCAAGGAGGCCGAGAAAGCUCAGCUCCUCGCCGCACCUGAGCAGAUUUUAAAGGAGAUUGGAGAGAAACGCUCCAAGAGGGAAGCCGCGGUAAAGACAUUGGGAGCGAUGGACGCCCAGUUUUCGGAGAUGACGCAGAAAGCGAAGGAGGUGGAUGAACACAAUGACCUCCUCAGGGCACAAAAGGAGGAGCUGGCCAAGGAGCUGGAGGGUCUUCAGGCCCAAGUGGAGGCCAGCCAAAGGAGGUGCAGUCAGCUCCAGAAAGAGCACGAGGUCCUCAGGGAAGAAGAAGCUGAGCUUAUGGGGCACAGAGGGAUCCUGGAAAUGAAGUUGCAGAAUAUCAUGUGUGAGCGAAAGCUGCUUUGCGAGAGCCGGUCUGUGCAGCUCAAAGAGAAAAAAAGGCAAAUGCAGGUCUUCAAGAGGAUGGAGCGUGCCCUGACCAUAGCCACUGAGCAGCUCAAACACACUCAAUCUACCUGCACUGAUUUGCAAGCACAGUUGGAUGCGCUUCCGAAAAGAGGUGCCGGUAUCGCGCAGAGGAUGGCGCUUCAGAAGGAAGUGGAUGCACUCAAAGUGAGCAUUGAAAAACAGUUAUCAAGAGCUGAAAAGGCGAGUCAGAAGCAGCAGCAGUCUGGGAUCAUUCAGGAGCUGCUAAGGGAAUCGGACGGCCUGAGAGAAGAACUGCAUCACCUCAGAUGUCUGACAUACAUCAAAGCAGAGGAGAGGGGCCAGAAGCACCGCGAGAUGCUCAGAGCCGAGCAAAUGAACCAGCACAUCCAACAGGAACUUCGAGAGAAAGAGCUCAUCAAGAUGCACCACAGCAAGCUGAGUGCCAUGCUGCAGCGCAGAGUGCUACAGUAUGGCGAACUUUGCAACGUUAUCACAGAGGAGAAAAAUAAGUAUGUCAAGCUGAAGCAGAUCGCCUCACAGACCAUCACGGAGUUGAUGGAACAGGCGAAGGUGCUGGAAAAUGAGCUGGAGAUCCAAAAGAGCAUUGUCACCAAGAAGGACAGAUUGCUGGCCAAAGUUCACAAGAAGCUCUCUAAUAGCUGCAAAAUAAGGGAUAAACUACGCAACAACAUCAACAAGGUUGCUUGGCAAAGCCGUCUGGUCCGCCAGGAGCGCGAGGAUAAUGAAGUGGAGUUACAGACGCUGAGGCAAAUGAUCAGCCUCCAGGAGCAAGCGCUUAGCGACAUGAUCAAGAACCAGGAAGGGGCCGUACAGCGGCGCAAUUUUCUCGGCAUUCAGCUGCUGGAGCACGAGGAGGUGUUGUUCGACUACCAGGAGAAGGUCAACACACAGGAGGCGGCCAUCGCCGAGGGCAAUGUGGCGCUGGAGAACCUUGAGAAGGAAAUGAGAGAUCUGAAGGUGGCCAUCAGCGAGGAGAAGAGGCAGAUCGGCUUCAAGAAGAAGGAAGUGCUGGUCCAGAAGAAGAUGGAGGAGGAGCUCAUCAUGCUGCAGCUGGAAAUGUUGGAGGUCAGAGACCAGACGCUAGAUAAUCUAACAAAAACAGCAGAUUACAAAGAGCUAAAAGGCUCCGAUCCGUCCUCCUCUGAACUGUUCAAGAAGAUAGAGAAGCUGGAGGCCAGCCUUGCUGAGAGGGAGAGGCAGCUUUUGGAGAGAGGGCUCCUCGUGGACCAGGUGACACGUCUCUCCAAGGAUCUCCAAGAACAGAAAGACAACUGCCAACAAGACAAACUGUCGCUGGCCAAGAAGUUGAAUGAGCUGCGAACCCACAUCAUUGACAUCAGCCGCCGCUUGAUGGCCACGUCUGCAGAACUGUCGAUGAAGCAAGCGGCUGUCUUGUGCCUCCAGCAGGAGGUCAAAGAGAAAGAGCUUCAGAUGGAAAGGUGUCAGAGGCGGUUGGAGCAAGGCCUGCCACCCUGCCCUGAGAUGGAGGAAGAAUGGAGGAGGAUGCUCCGGGACAAAAAGAGGAGACAGAGAGACAAAGAUGAGCGAGAGAGGCUGGCAGACGAGGACGAGUGGAAGCAGUUGGCGAACGGACAGUACACCACGGCGGAGAGUCGACCCGAUGCCUACAUCCCCCACACAGACGCGCUCCCUCUGCCCAAACCCUAUGGAGCGCAGGCCCCUUUCAAGCCAUCGCAACCAGGAGUAAUGGUGUGUGUGAUCAUCCAUUGCUGGCAGCUGCUGAGAGCUGUCGGAUCUAUUUAGCACCAAACAGUUUGGGCUUCAUUAAGCGACUACAUAACACCGACCGGACGAGGCUAACGACUGCGGAGGCUCGGAUUCCCGCUAAAAGAUGAGAAAUUCCGGAAAAAUCUUUUCUGUGCAAGCUGUUUGCUGAAAGUGACUCAGCUUGUUCUGUCGCUGAGAUCAUUUCCUGACUGCGGAUUGAAAUAUUUUUAAGAUGUGCAAACUUCUAAAUGCAUCUGGAUGUUUUUUUU